UCUUAAAAAGUCUUCCCACCAAAAAGCAAAAGGCAUCGUCGCCUCGUUCCUUUAGAUUUUCGUAUCAUUCCAAAAUCCAGACCCAUUUUGCAGUUGCAUCGACCUGAAAUCUCUGCUCUUCUGUGAACUAUCAGAAAUGGAGGCUCAUGAGUUUGAACUCUAUCACGACUCUGUCAUUUGAACUGCAACUCACUAAAGCUGCAUUGGAGCUCCUUACAUUUCUCACUCAAAAGCAGUACUUAGUAGUUUUCUGUGAUUCAAUUUGGAGCAUCCCUCCUGCUUUUAUUGGCUAUCACUCAGUUUUCUCGUAAAUCAUUGAAUUACAAGAUUAUGGAGAUUACUGGCAAGAAAGUCUCUGUUCUGUCUUCCAACUAAUUUUCUCCUUUAAUAUUCUUUACAACGGUGACAUCAAAAUCAGUUAUAGUCAAGGGAAGAUAUAAAAUGUUGGACUUACUGAAACCAAUGGAGCCACCAAUGAAACGAAGAGCUGGUCUACGGAUUGUACAGGCAGGACGAGGAUCAUAUCGGGGGAGUUAGUAAUUCUUUUGGUUUAGCUGGUUGGCCUUUUUAACUUGUACUGGGUAUUUAUUUCUUUUCAUAACAUAUUAAUCCAUGGGGAUGAGUUUCUUGGGAUCAUUUCUCCAAAGUCUUUGCAGUAAUUCUCCUUGGAAUUAUGCUGUGUUUUGGAAGCUUAAGCAUCAACAUGAAAUGGUUUUGGAAUGGGAAGAUGGUUUCUUUGACAAUCUGGGGCUGAGAGAUCCCAUGGUGGGUCCAGAUGCUCUCUAUUUUGAAAAGUCAUAUAAGAUAUUGUCCGCUCCCGGUGAAUAUUCAGUUGGACUUGCAGUAGCAGAAAUGUCAAGUGCUUUUCAUGUAAUGGGAAAAGGGGUUGUUGGAGAAGCUGCUUUUACAGGAAACACUCGCUGGAUUUAUGCAGACAACAUAGCACCUGAUGUGUUCAAUUCCGUUUUAGCCCCUGAGUAUCCAGAUGAAUGGCUGCUUCAAUUUGCUGCUGGCAUAAAAACAAUAUUGCUUUUGCCUGUAAUUCCGCACGGGGUUCUACAGCUUGGAUCUAUAGAAAUGGUAGCUGAAGAUCCAGCUUUAGUUGCUCACGUCAAAGUUAAGUUUGAGACCCAUGGGAAACCUGAUGGAUGUGACUGGAGAUAUUCAUUUCAGCAGUUUCCCCCUAUGUCUCCUUUCAUGGAAAUUUUAGAUGAACCAUCAACCAUUACCGUGGAGAAAGCAUUGAAGGGUAAUAGUGCCAUUCAUGCUGUCAGGGCAGAAGAUUGCGACAUGUUUGAUCAUCAGAUGACACUAGUUCCCAUGGUCCAAGAUUUUUGCAACACAUCUGUGCAGGAGGAGGCAGACACUCUUGAAAAUGUGAUUGAAAGUGAAUUUAGGCACCAAUCUUUGGGUAUGAUUCAUGUAGCUGAACCAUGUGAGCUGCGAUGUGAAGAUAACAAAUCCUUCAUAACUGAAAAUGAGAUUUUAAAAUGUUUUCAUCAUGAAGAAAUAUUAAGGGCUGGCCCUUAUUGUGACGACUUUGAAAGGAAAAUGUACGGGAAUUUCAUGAAUGAAUUGAUGGAUUUUAACUUUGAGGAAGGUGCAACUGAUCCAACUCUUGUAGGCAUUGACUUCAAUGGCACCAUUUGUGAGAAUGGAAGUGACUAUUUCAGCUUUCCUGUGGACUGUGAACUGUACAAAGCACUUGGAAUGGCUGUAGAGGAUGACAUUUACCAACAUACCUAUGGCACAUCCAUAGGUCAUGAUGUAGCUUGCCGCUCAGUUGGUGAUAGAGAGCCCUCCUAUGGUAUGUCAGGAGUGGAGUCUGUUGGAAUUCUUAUGAAAGAAGUGGAUGUGGAACACCUCUUAGAAGCUGUUGUUGCUAAUGCAUCCAGCAGUCUUGAUGAUGAUUCAUCUAACAAAUCUGAUGUUACUUCGGUGGGUAUGUCCUUGAGAAAAGAUUUGGCGUCCUCAAGAAAACAUGAUCAAACCAAACACUGUGUGCCAGCGGAAGAAGAUAAAAUUCAGUGGGACUUCUUGACAUCCAAAUUUAUCACUGAGGGAAUAGAUACUGCAGCAUCCUCAGUUGAAAGCAAGAUUUGUGCAUUAUCUGAUAAGAAGCAACAUAGAAAAGGAUAUGGUUCCCUGAACUCCGGGAGAUUGUCAAGACUAUCAACUACCAACAAGAGAAAGGCCCACACAGGGGAUAAUCAAAGGUCUAGACCACGGGAUAGACAGUUGAUUCAAGACCGGAUCAAGGAGCUACGGGAGCUUGUCCCAAGCACUGAAAAGUGUAGCAUUGAUGGACUCCUUGAUAAGACCAUAAAGCACAUGCUCUUUUUAAGAAAUGUUACCAAUCAGGCCAAUAAAUUGAGACACCAAGUUCUUGAAGAGGAAGCUGAUGAAAAGGCGACGAGAACAGCUGAAGUCAACUACGGCCAUCAGAACGGGAAAAGCUGGGCUAUAGAAUUGGGAACUGACCAACAGUUUUGCCCCAUAGUUGUGAAAGAUCUCGAACACUCUGGACACAUGCUCAUAGAGAUGCUGUGUCCUGACCAUGGUCGCUUUCUGGAAAUUGCUGAUGCGAUUCAUCGUCUGCAAUUAACUAUCCUCCAAGGUGUGAUGGAAAGAAGCUCUGAUAAUUCAUGGGCCCGCUUCAUUGUUGAGACGUCAGGAAGCUUCCAUCGCCUGGAUAUAUUUUGGCCACUGAUGCAACUGUUGCAACAAAGUCGGCUGCCUGUCUCAAUCAAGACUUAAGCCUUUCAGUUCUGAUUGUAGGAUUCUGCUGUAUAGUCAUAUGCAGUGUUGGUAUGAUAUUGGGAUCAAUAUUGUUAGUUUGAGCUGUAACAUAAUCAUUUAGAAUGUGUUGGAAACAAGAAACCCAGCUGAUAUUACCAUGGGAAGACAAAUGUCUGUACGCUAGACGAGCAAUGUUGCAUUCUGGAAAAACCUCUUUCAUGUGAGCCAAUUCUUUUACAAGGUGGUUGUGUACAGAGAGGUCAGUGUCGUCGUAUUUGACGACAGGCGACUUUUUCAAAGAUUUAAUGGAUUUGAGUAAUCCAUUUAGAUA